UAUAAAUCCGUCGUUGCAAAUCCUUUCCCACCUUCACCGCCACCACCACCCUCUCUCUCAAAAUGAUGCCGCCGAGGGUCUUGCUACACGUCGUCUUCUUCCUCCCUUGCUUCCUCUACUGGAUUUCCCCACAAUGCAGCAGCCAGACCCCGCUGCCGCAGCCGCCCUCCCUCAUCCCCGGACUCCUCGACGUGAGACUCGCCAUAGUAUACCCCAUAAUCCAAGCCUUCAAGGCCAUCAUCACCUCCGACCCCCUCGGCGUUACCCAAACCUGGACGGGGCCCAACAUCUGCAACUACACCGGCUUCUACUGCGCCCACCCCCCCGACAACCUUUCCGCCAUCGCCCUCGCGGCCGUCGACUUCAACGGUUUUAAGCUUUCCGCCCCCACCCUCGUCGGCUUCCUCGAUGCUCUCCCCGACAUCUCCGUCUUCCACGCCAACUCCAACCGCUUCCUCGGCAUCCUCCCCCCCAACCUCCGCGCGCUCCCCUACCUCAGCGAACUCGACCUCAGCAACAACAUCUUCACCGGUGUCUUCCCCGUCACCCUCCUCGCCGUCCCCGGCCUCACCUUCCUCGACCUCCGCUACAACCUCUUUGCCGGCCCCGUCCCUCCCCAGAUCUUCGCCCCCAACCUCCUCGACGUCGUUUUCCUCAACAACAACCUCUUCACCCUCACUCUCCCCGCCACCCUCGGCUCCACUCCGGCCAGGUACCUCACCUUCGCCAACAACAAGUUCGCCGGCCUCAUCCCCCAGAGCAUCGGAAACCUGUCGGAGUCGCUCGUGGAAGUCCUCUUCCUCAACAACCUCCUCACCGGAUGCAUCCCCUACGAGGUGGGGUUCCUGAAGAUCGCGACGGUGUUCGACGCCGGCAACAAUCUGCUGACGGGGCCGCUGCCGUACUCUUUGGGAUGCAUGGAGAAGGCGGAGGUUCUGAACUUCGCCGGCAACCAGAUGUACGGGCAAGUUCCGGAGGUGAUCUGCCGGCUGCCGAGCCUGCGGAACUUCUCGCUGUCGAGUAAUUAUUUUACGAAGGUGGGGUCUGUGUGCAAGAAGCUGAUAAGGAGAGGCGUUCUCGACGUGAGGAGAAACUGCAUUCCCGGCCAGCCGGGGCAGAGGUCGCCGAUGGAGUGUUUUCUGUUCUCGUUGAAGCCUCAGAUCUGCCUGAACCCGUCGACGUACAAGAUUAUUCCGUGCAAGCGGCGACAGUUAGAGGGCUACGCACCGCCGCGGAGAGGGUUGCGGUCGGAGAGUACUGCUCGGGUUACUUACUCGGCUCUGCAUAGGCAUAGGCUGGCGGGGAUCUGACCAACAUUUCGGUGGUUGACUGUUUGACUUUUCAUUGCUGACACAGCUCAUAUAUUACCCGUGUAAUAUAUUUUCUUCCAAUCAUAUUCUUUCCUCUUCUUCCGUUUCA